AUGAUCCAAAUGGAUUCUCUUUCGAACACGCCAUUACUUCGUCCCUGCGACAAAGGCGAUGGAUAUGUGAAGCUCUCCCUCGAAAGCCGUGAAUGGGAAGACUUCAAAGAUGCCGAUGGUUUUUUUAGUCCAAAUCUGCUGUCCCGCUUCUUCAAGCAGCUUGUGAAUAAAUCGCUCAACGAUAUCAAAAUACCCGAAGGUUUGGCCGUACGACGAACGAGACCGUCAUUAAGAGAGUCUUCUUGGUGGCCUGUGUAUGCCGAUCUGUUAGGAGACAGUGGUGAAGAAAGCCAAUCUGGUGCUGUGUACUCGGAAAAUCAUGGCCCAGCUACAACACUUUAUGUACAAUGGCAAGGAGGAAGGAGUUACAAGAAUUUAUGGAUAAGUGUUGAUCUAACACUGUCCAUAGAUUACCCCAUAUCCAAACUCCUUGUUCCGCUGGCAGAAAUCCCUUUGGCCGAGGCGAAUAGCAUUCUUCAGAGGUGCGGAUUUCACGUCGUUCCCGCCGGACUCGACAGUUGGCGCAUUUCUUUUUCUAUGGUCGAGAAAGAAGUUCUGGCAUCUUCUUCUGACGGCUUCAAACAGUGCUACCGGGUACUGAAAAUCGUGAGAGAUGUUGUGUGUGAGAAUCUUGGAUGGGAUGCAUCCCUGGUUCCAUCGUACGUUUUCAAAACAGUUCUUCUUUCUCAGCUGUUCACAAAUGGUCAUCGUUGGGAGAAGGAUCGUCGCUCCCAAACGAUUAUCGAACAUUUGGAUCGCGUUAUGCAAGGUGUGAAAGCGGAAAAGAUUCAGAGUUGCUUCCUAAGGAGCUACAACCUGCUUUCUCCAUCCGAUCACGAGAACAAGCUGCGACAGUGUGUCCUGGAGGAAAUGCUCCGCGUGAUGAGAGGGAUGGAAAUGGCCUUUUCUAGGGAAGAAGCUAGAGAAAGAAAACUGCAGAUAAGGGUCUUGGAAAUGGUUGAUGUCCUCGACUACAUGAUCUCGUCUCUUCUCCGUGGAAAGAAUCCUUCCGUUGUCUGGAGUAAAGUGUUUAUCAAUAUCGGCAACCUCCCAAACCCUAGGAAGGGUGGUGAGUUCAUGAAUGAGCUUACCGACCUCAAUUGCACAGAGCUUAGUGAGAAAGCUUAUUUCAAUUUGAUUCAGAUAUGGAGUUCGACGCAAGAUUUCUUCAGGAAAUUAUUGAUCGCACUUAAAGGGGAACUGAGCUUGUUGGCUCACAAGUUUAGGAUCUUGCUUUUUAAGAAGAAAGAGAACUUCGAGCGUCAACAUAGGCGUCUAACAGAAAAUGAAGUUGAGAAAGUGUCCCUUCAUCAAUUUGCCUUCGAGUUUUUGGAGGAUGAUUUUGUCCACUGUUACAUCAUGGACGAAAACUCAAUUUUGCCGAACCUUCAUAAAGCAAUCCGUCCUGAAUUUAAAUCAUCAAGUUUCUUCCAGGGUGUUACUGAAGUGGCAACGAGAGAGGGCAGUACCAGAGGCCUUGCUCAGCUAAAACAGCAGUUAAAGCAGUACCUUUUCAUGGUCCCUGAGGAGUACCUCAUGGACGGCGUUGUUGACUAUGUCAGCCACAUAAUUGUCCAUUCCAAAAAAGUGUUGAAACGUGAUCUUGAGCAUAUCUCAAUUCCAGAGUUAGAUCUAGAUUAGGCACAUUGAUCUUUCCUUGGCCUCUUUGCUAACCAGUUAGAUUUACAAUUGUCAAAAUGCUUUGAAUUGAUUACUGAAAAUCUUAUUUUACUUUAUAUCGUUGGGUAUAAAUGUCAAGAUAUUACAAUAGCUACGAUAAAUAAGACGAUUCACCAUUCAUGUUUAAUUUGAUAACAUGGAUGAGAACUUGAGAGUUGAUAAAGGCAUUGCGAGGCACGUUGACGCGAGCGGCGUUCUCUGUACUCUUAUCGACUCAGGUAAAUUGGCCAAUCAGUUUGCGACAUUACUGUAUUGAAGUAAUACUAUAUUUACAGAGAAAUUAAUGUAAAAAACAAACAUUUAAAUCUAAGCGAACUCUAUGGAUAUAGCAUAUUUAUUUUCAACAACUUGCCCAAGUCUAGCCCUUAGAGUUGUGUGAUUUUCCUUUGAUGAAGAAAUGUUUUACUGUUAAAGUUAUUUUUUUUUCUUUUUUGGAGAAUGUCCCCUUUCCUUAAGUGAUCUCCAAAAUUCACAAUGUUUUUUAGCAGUAUUUUAUUCUCACAGGCACUAUUCGAUCACAUCAAGUACAACUCUGACUCACACACAGAGCGUAAUUUUACUGGAUCCUAUUCUUAUGUUAGUUAUGGUCAUGAUUUGGUCAGACAGGAAUUUCCGGUCCUUGUCGAUUCUUAUCUAUUGGUUAGCUUACAUUUAUGUCAAAAUCAUCAGGCCCUAUUUGUCACGCAACAUGAUAAAAAAUCGUUCCAGUCACUUUUACCGUAUUUACGGAAUCUCCCUACCAGUGUGUGCCAGUAAUUAAUUAUCUCAGCUGUAAAUUUUCGCGUAAAUUAAGAAUUUGAUUGUCUUUACGUGUCUUGUUUUUGAGCAUAUGUUUUAAAUACGGCCCUCUCGGGUGCAGUCUGCAGAACAAGCGUAGAACAAGCUUUUUACGAAAGCGGAAGGCUGGGGAGAGAAAGAAAUUCGUACCUAGGGGAUGAGCGACAGUCAAAAGGAGGGAGAGAAGGGGGGGGGGCAGUGAAUAUUACUAAUAGAUAAUCAAUUAAAUGUCUCACUUGCCCGCCGUUACCAAAGCUGCCCCGAACUUUUGUUAGAAACUAAUAGAAUUAAUAGGCUGUGAUAUAACUCGAGGGUUCCGUAAAGAGAAGUGAAAAUGUGCUCCUUUAAUAAGAACAAAUUUAAUGGCCCAGUAGUAUUGGAAACAUGUUGAUGAGGUUAGGUACGACACCCACGAGCGAUGGCCUAAUUUUCUGGGAAACACAACUGAAUUCCUCGUGCAUUCACUGCUCAAGGACAAAUUAUCACACGACAAAAUUACCAUGUUUCUUAUGCGUGGCAGCUUCUAAGGUUACGUUUUCAGAUCAUGUUUUCAUCAUGAUCUGUGCAGAAAUAGAUUACAGAUGAUACUCAAACAAGUGGAACACUAGGCAAGUGUAUUACUGUCGUUCGAAACACAUUUUGACCUCAUCUUUUUCUGAAGAGAAACACAGUGACAUGGAAUCUACCCAUUUUAGGAGAUAAAAAACCAGGAAGUAAACUUGAACAUAAUGACGUUAUCUAAACGUCUCUCCUCUGACGGAUCCUAUGUAAGUAGCAAUUAAAAUGCCCCGCGUAAAAGCCAGCUUUUAUUAUAAAACAUAUUACGCAUUUAACUGGGACCCAGGUCGCUCAGAGCUUCCGUCACGUUCUGUUGUAAACUUGUCCUUACGAAAACGGUGAGAACUCUUUUUAUGUUUAAAAAUUUUUUUAGAAAAUUUCGAAGCUAAAGCCAGGUUUCAAGACGAAACCCGAAUUGAUACUAGAGACUCGAAACGCUUGUCACCAACAUCUUGGCAGACAUAAGAAAGCGUGAUCCAAGAUUUUUGAACGCAAUGGUCAAAAGCUGAAGUGUUUACGAAGAAACGAAAGUUUGCAAGCCGAAUGAAUACGACUUCGAUAACCCCUCUUACAGACAAACCAUUAAUCUUACAGAGCUCCUCCUGCUACGUGUAACUAUUUCCUGGAGAAGAUCAGUGGAAAGACUUCAGAGAUGAAAAAAGGCUCCUUCAAGCCAUACUUGCUUUCCUUUCACUUAAAAAAAAAUUCCUGAAGGAUCGAACAUUUACAGAGCUCCCCUAGACGAGUCGGAGGGACGUUUGUGGCUCCUGUUUCGUGGAAUACUACGUGACAGUGGCGAGGAUCUGCAUCUGGUGUCACAUACUCUGCGACACUACGUGGCAGGUUUAAAUUUUCACCCACCCUUGCGUGGAGGACAGUCAAAUGCCCUUGGGUUGCUCAGAGUAGGUAGCAGCAGGACGGCAAGGACGAAGUUGUUACUUUCUUAGCGUGACCUUUUUUGCUGCCUUACAUACGUGUGACGUUUCCUGAUCGGAACCUUUCCAAAUGGCCGUCGAUUAAACGUCAAAAAGGUGUCUAGAAAAUUUGGUUUUGCACGAUAGAUAUAGUUCAUUUGCUCCUUUAGGAUUCUUUAACCUAAGAGAAAUGUAUUGGGACAAAAAAAGGGGGAAAUUUGCCAUCAGUUACACAUUAAAAGGAGACUGUUAUCCAAAAUGUAGUUUGUACACUUGGAACAAUCUUCAAGAGCGUAAAGACGUCGACCUGAUGUGAGAAGAAGCUUGGUGUACCGGAUAUUCUUAGUGAUGCAUAACUGCCCGCCAUUCUAAGAAAACGGUUUAUCCUCUGAGUGGGAGGACAUUGCUGUGACUCGUCAUAAAUAUCCUGGCAUUCAGUUCUAGAAGCUGACUACAAGAACAACAUGAUAAUUUAUUUGAGAUGGGCAAAAACACUGACAUAAUCAUUCUUUGGAACAUGUGGAAUCGGGGGACAACCCAUGACGCAGUUUACACAGCUAGACAAACUUGUUUACAAGAGAUGAUAAUUCCGUUAGUGUCACGCUGUCACGAAACCAAGAAGAGUGACUGUGUAUACGUCUGUAAAAACUCUAUCAAAACUGUACAGACACAUUUUAAGUUUACACUCCACGUAGAUUCACAAUCAAGCUUAUAAUUUUUUGGGUUAUAGUGAUCUAUGAAAAAUAAUAAAAAUAAAACUGAGAUCAACAAAGAUUAAUUCUCCCAGCUCGCACAACUGCUGAGAGAAAUAAGAACCGUCGGCCGGAUUAGGAGCAGUCAGAGUGCAUUCUCAACUGACAUUUUCAGGGUUAAAUAACUAUUAUGAGGAUAGCUUUCACUCUUCAUCUCGUGUUACCCUUCUAUUACCUUAACUACUUUUUGCUUUAAAUUGUUUGUUUUAUUUUGUUUUUCACCUUAAAUCUGUAUUUAAUUAGAAUGGUUUCAUUUGUAAACUUAGUGAAUUAAAGUUUUGAAUGGUAAAUCCUCAAACAAAUAAAUUAACACAUUGGAGGCGUUAGAUAAAAAACUUUGGUUAGUUGAAUUGUAAGAACAAGCUUAAUGUGUCCACAUUAUUUUCCUGUUUUACCAUUGCCCAGGACAAUUUCCGAUCGUCCAAUUGUUUGUAAUUAUUCCGAGAAAGAAAGGGAGACCUAAAAUCUCCCAUUUCUGAGAAUAGUCUCUCCUUAUGUACCGUGUCUUUCUUAUGUUCCAAGAAACAACGCAUGUUUGAGUUAUAUCAGUUUGACUUCCGUGAUUCUGCACAAGAUAAUAGGCACCGGAAACAACGCAACGCCUUGAAAAGCCCAUAUUAGGGAGUCAAAAUAUUCAAUAUUUGAUAAUCUGUGAGACGCAUAUGGAAAUUUCUUGCUUGGGGUUAGCGAAAGAGUUUUUUCGCCAUCAUGUCGUACAUUGUGGAGAGAUUUGAAGAAAAGGCCAGGUUUAUAAACGAAAGCGAAGCCGAAUUGAUUCGAGAGAAACUCGAAAUCCUCGUAAGAAACAUCGUAACCCAGGUGGAAAAGCACGACAGCCGAUUUCAGAGUACAUUGGUCAAAAGCGGAAGCGUUUACGAAGGAACCAAAGUUCGUGAGCCAAAUGAGUUUGACUUCAUGAUUCAAAUGGAUUCUCUUACGAACACGCCAUUACUUUGUCCCUGUGACAAAGGCGAUGGAUAUGCGAAGCUCUCCCUCGAAAGCCCUGAAUGGGAAGACUUUAAAGAUGCCGAUGGCUUUUUCAGUCCAAAUCUGCUGUCCCGCUUCUUCAAGAAGCUUGUGAAUAAAUCGCUUGACGAUAUCAAAGUACCUGAAGGUUUGGCCGUACUACGAACGAGACCAUCAUUAUUUAAAGAAACGUGGUGGCCUGUGUAUGCAGAUCUGCUCGGAGAAAGUGGUGAAGAAAGCCAAUCUGGUGCUAUGUACUCGGAAAAUCAUGGUCCAGCUACAACACUUUAUGUACGGUGGCAAGGAGGAAGUAGUUACAAGGAUUUAACGAUGAGUGUUGAUCUAACACUGUCCAUAGAUUACCCCAUAUCCAAACUCCCUGUUCCGUUGGCAGAAAUUCCUUUGGCCGAGGCGAAUAGCAUUCUUCAGAGGUGCGGAUUUCACGUCGUUCCUGCGGGACUUGACAGUUGGCGCAUUUCGUUUUCUGUGGUCGAGAAAGAAGUUCUGGCAUCUUCUUCUGACGGCUUCCAAACGUGCUACCGAAUACUGAAAAUCGUGAGAGAUGUUGUGUGUGAGAAUCUUGGAUGGGAUGCAUCUCUGGUUCCGUCGUACGUGUUCAAGACAGUUCUUCUUUCUCAGCUGUUCACGAAUGGUCAUCCCUGGGAGAAGGAUCGUCGCUCCCAAACGAUAAUCGAACAUUUGGAUCACGUUAUACAAGGUGUGAAAGCGGAAAAGAUUCAGAGUUGCUUUCUGAGGAGGUACAACCUGCUUUCUCCAUCCGAUCACGAGAACAAGCUGCGUCAGUGUGUCUUGGAGGAAAUGCUGCGUGUGAUGAGAGGAAUAGAAAUGGCCUUUUCUAGGGAAGAAGCCAGAGAAAGAAAACUGCAGAUAAGGGUCUUGGAAAUGGUUGAUGUCCUCGACUACAUGAUCUCGUCUUUUCUUCGUGGAAAGAAUCUUUCUGUUGUCUGGAAUAAAGUGUUUGUCAACAUCAACAACGUCCCAAACGCUAGAAAGCAUGGUUGGUUCACGAAUGAGCUUACCGACCUUAACUGCACAGAGCUUAGUGAGAAAGCUUAUUUCAAGUUGAUUCAGAUAUGGAAUUUCACGGAAGAUUUCUUCAGGAAAUUAUUAACCGCACUUAAAGGGGAACUGAACUUAUUGGCUCAGAAGUUUAAGAUCUUGCUUUUUAUGAAGAAAGAGAACUUCGAGCGUCAACAUAUGCGUUUAACAGAAAAUGAAGUUGAAAAAGUGUCCCUCCAUCAAUUUGCCUUGGAGUUUAUAGAUGAUAGUUUUGUUGACUGUUACGUCGAGGACGAAAACUCAACUUUGCCAAACCUUCAUAAAGCAAUCCGUCCUGAAUUUAAAUCAUCAGGUUUCUUCCAGGGUGUUGCUGAAGUGGCAACGAGAGAGGGCAGUAGCAGAGGCCUUGCUCGGCUGAAACAGCAAUUAGAGCAGUACCUUUUCAAGGUCCCUGAGGAGUACCUCAUGGACGGCAUUGUUGACUAUGUCAGGCACAUAAUUGUUCAUGCCAAAGAAGUAUUGAAACUUAAACUUGAGCAUGUCUCAAUUCCAGAGUUGGAUCUAGAUUAGGCACAUUGAACUUUAAUAUAUUUAGCUUUGACUUGGUUACUGAAAAUCUAAUUUUACUGUAUAUCGUUGGGUAUAAAUAUCAAGAUAUUACAAUAACUACGAUAAAUAAGACGAUUCACCAUCCAUGCUUGAGAACUGAUAAAGGCAUAGCAAGGCACGUCGACGCAAGCAGCGUUCUCUGUACUCUUAUCGACUAGAGCAAAUUGGCCAAUCAGUUUGCGACAUUACUGCCAAUUGUGGUCAAAACAUAUUGCCUACUAUAGAGAAUUUGAAGCAAUACUAUAUUUGCAAAGUAAAAAUAUGUUUCAACGGUAAAAAACAAACGUUUGAACUUAAGCGAACUUUAUGGAUAUAGAAUAUGUGUAAUUUUCCUGUGAUAAAGAAAUGCUUUAUUGUUUAUUUUUCCCCUUUUACUGUAUUUACGGAAUCUCCCUACUAGUGUGUGUCGGUAAUUAAUUAUCUCAGUUGUAAAUAUUCGCAUGAAUUAAGAACUGAAUUGACUUCACUUGACUUGACUUGUUUUUGAGCAUAUGUUUUCAAAUAUGACCCUCACGGGUGUAGGCUGCAGAACAACCGUAACUUUGGCGAGCGAGUGCUCAGUAUUCUCUAGGUGAAAAUAAUAACAGCCAUCUUUGCUUUUUACGAAAGCGGAAGGCUGGGGGGAGAGAUAAAUUCGGACUUAGGGGGUGAGCGACAGUCAUAAGGAAUAGGAGAUGUGGCGUGGAGCAAUGAAUAUUAUAACUAGAUAAUCAAUUAAAUGUUUCACUUGCCCGCCGGUACCAAUGCUGUCCCGAACCUUUGUUAGAAAUUAAUAGCCUACGUACGAUACAAUUCAAGGGUUCUGUAAAGGGAAGUCCGCAAAAAUGUUCCCUUUUGAUAAGCACAAAUCCGAUGGCUGAGUCGUAUUAGCAAAAUGUUGAGGCUCGGUACGACACCCAGAAGUGAUGGCCGAAUUUUUACAGAAACACAAAUUCCUCAUGCAUUAACUGCUCUGGGACAAAAUAUUGUACGACAAAAUUACCACGUUUUCAUAAUGAUCUGUUUAGAAAUAGAUUACAGAUGUGUGGUACCUAACCUAAGAACAAAAAAGUGGCACACUCAGCAAGUGUAUAACUGAUGUUCGUAACACAUUUUUACUUCACCUGCUAUCUUUUACUGAAAAGAAACAACCCGGUGACAUAGAGUCUUUCCAUUUAGGUAAUAAAAAAGCAGGAAACAAACGUCGUACAUAAUGACGUUAUCUAUAUGUCUUUCCUCUGAUUGAUCAAAUGUAAGUAGCAAUUAAAAUGCUUCACGUAAAAGUCAGCUUUGACUAUAAAAGAUAUUACGCAUAUAACUGGGAAACUGCGUGACCCCAAUCGCUCAGAACUUCCGUCACGUUCUGUUGUAAUCGUGUCCUUACCUGAAACGGCGAGAACCCUUAUCAGGUCAGAAAUUUUAGAAAAUUUCGAAGAUAAAGCCAGGUUUCAAGACGAAAGCGAAGCCGAAUUAAUACGAGAGAGAGACUCGAAACGCUUGUCACCGACAUCAUGGCAGAUAUAG